UCGUUCUCAUCUGCAAUGGGAUCCACAAAGGCUGCCCCCAACUGGAGGGUUCCUGAUAGAUACACUCAAUUGAAAACCCUGCUAGUCCUCUUCGUCGCUUGGAAAUGCCUGCUGUUCACUGUCACCGCUCUAGCUCCUGGCCCUGGAUAUGACACGUCCUCCCUCAUCUUCACCAAUCCAAAUCUCGAUAGACACGAGAAGUUCAAGCAUUCAACUACUCUAGGGGCGAUUCCUCUCAAGCUGUUCCGAUGGGAUGCUCUUUACUUUGUUCAAGCUGCAAAAAGAAACAAGGUCCAUGAGCAAGAGUGGGCGUUUAGCUGGGCAUAUUCACACAUGCUGCGAAAGGUGGUAGAAUUAUUUGCAACGACAAGUGAGGGGACAUCAUCCAACACCUAUUUGUGGGCAUUUGUUGCAGCGUCAACCUUGAUGCAUGGGGCAGCGGUAGUCGGUUUGUUCAACCUACUCAACCAAACGAUGGGCACACCAAAUGGCAAUCAAGCCUCCUUUUUGGCUUCCAUUCUGCACAUUUUCUCUCCUGCUGGUGUGUUUCUUGUAGCACCAUACGCUGAAAGUAUGUUCGCGGUUCUCAACUUUCAUGGCAUGCUCUGCUACGUACAAAGCCGACAUAUAGCAAGUCGGAAUCCAGAUCGAACUGUAAGGCAAGAUGCUGCGUUGCUAGCAUCCGGCUUCUUGUUCUCUUGUGCGGCGAUGGUGAGGAGUAAUGGCUUGCUGAGUGGUCUUGUCUACGUAUCUGAUGUUGCCAGUUGCGUACCAGGCAUCCUACAAGGACGAAUAAGCAGAAGUCAACUCAGAUUCAUCGCCGUCACAUGUAUUGCUGGGGUUAUAUUAGCUUCAGGGUAUGUAUUACCGCAGUACGUGGCGUAUUUGGAAUAUUGUGAUCCUGCCAUUGGAGCAACACCACCUUGGUGCCACAAAACAAUUCCUAGCAUUUAUUCUUGGGUUCAAAGCAAAUACUGGAAUGUGGGCUUCUUCCGGUACUGGACAUUGCCAAAUAUACCGUUGUUUCUACUCGCUGCGCCAAUGUUGUGGUUGCUGCUUCAGUCAAGUAUAAUUCACCUGCGUGAUUACAAGAACAAAGUCUUGGGUCUUGCUCGUGAGUCACACGGCAAAUCUUCCACGGUAUCGACAGACUCCGAAUCCGCGUCGAACAAUUUUCCUCAAUUAGUGUUACCGCAGCUCGCCCUUGCGUUGGCUGCAGCCAUGAGUUUUCACGUUCAGAUCAUCAAUCGCGUAUCAUCUGGUUACCCUAUGUGGUAUUUCGCGGUCGCUGGGUCGGCAGCUGCACCAGCGAAUGCUAAAGGGAGGGGUAAACUAGGCUUGUCAUUCCAGAUCAUCGUUCGUGGGAUGAUCAUGUACGCUAUUAUUCAGGCCGCACUUUUUGCAUGCUUUCUUCCUCCAGCAUAG